AUGCCUGCCAUUGUAUUUGACCCUAGCUGGCAGCCCAGUGAAGAUUCAGCCACCCUACUAGAUGAGCGUACAUGGCUCAUUGGAGCGAUUCUCACUGGAGUUGGAUAUGGCAUUGUCCUGGUGUUGACUGUCAUGUGCAUAAGCAAUCUCAUUGGAAGUCUGAAAAGGCCCAAUUUGAAUAUGAAGCUCCAACUGGCCUCUCUUACCUAUGUCAUCUGCACAUUUGUAUUUGCAACCUUGUUUGUGGCUGGCUCCUCAAAAAUGGCUCAACUGAGCUUCAUUGAUUAUCGGAACUAUCCAGGUGGUCCAGCUGCUUUUGAGGAAGUCAUGUUCUCCAUUCCCAUUUCAGAAAUGGGAAAUGUUGCAUUUGUGCUAUCUAAUUGGUUCGCUGAUGUAGUUGUGGUCUGGCGCUGCAUUGUGGUCUAUAAAGGGUGCCGAGCUCCGUGGUGGUCAGUUUAUACAGUACCCUGCUUGGCUUACACAGCUUCAUGGAUUCUAGGACUGCUCUGGUUAGUCCAGGUAUCGGCACCUGCAUCAUCACCAUGGGCAUCAUCAACAAUCAAUUUCACGCAGCCUUAUUUCUGGACAUCAUUUUCCCUGAAUGUUACAAUGACUUUUGCAAUUGUUGCACGUUUGAUGGUUUAUCGAUACAGAAUCAGCAAAGUCAUGGGGAAAACAUAUGGACGCCAAUACACCAGCAUUGCCUCCCUGGUUAUAGAGUCCUCCCUACUGUAUACCUCAUUCCAAUUGCUAUUCAUUGUUCCCUUUGCUAUGAACACGGCUGUUCAAACUCUAUUCCUGCAGCCAUUGUCACAAAUUCAGAUUGUUGCCCCCCUUCUUGUCAUCUACCGAGUAUCCUCUGGCCGCGCUUGGACUUCAAACACAUCCACACAAAUAUUCAAAUCCCAGGAUAGACAACAAGUCAUUGGGAGUAACAAGCUGCAUGAAAUGGUCUUUGCAGAGCACCAAGCAAUAGGUACUGAAACAACUCUUGGUCAAUAA